UCUUGUUUACUUUCUGUCCACGAUUCUAUGUUUGAACUUACUUCAACUACUUUGCACAGCUUUGGUCGGAAUACUCAAGAUUUUAGGCGACAGAUAUGGCUAAAGCCGCAAAAGGUGUAGCGGCCGCCGCCGAAGUGAUCAGAAAACACCCGGUUGAAGUACAGAAAGCGCUGAUCGCGACGUGUUUUCAGUUCGAUUCAGCGCUUACCCUCGAGGAGAAAGCAAGGACCUGCCGUAUAUCUCCGGAGGACCUGAACGCUGCGUAUGAGGCCUCCAGGUGUUUGGUUUCGGCAUUGCGGUUUCUGAAAGAGGCACCCGCGACGUCCCUACUCGAAGACCUGCACUUGGACGCCGAAGUUGUGGCGCUGUUGAAGGCGAUGGCAUCAUCGAACGUAGGAAAGCCAGCUGGACCCUUGGGGAAGCUGGUGAAUGUCGAAUGGAAAAUAGGCGUUGCAGCCAUGUCCGAUCUCUGCAAGAACCUGAACUCUCCUUUUGUCAUGCUUGAACUGACAGUGGAAGAUUCCGCCAGCCACCGAUCUCGUCACACUAUUGAACUUACAGUCCCAGAAUUCCAGAAAUUUGCAUCAACAAUGCAAGAGCUUCACAGCGUUAUGACAACUGUGUAAAUAAAAAGGUCUUGACACAAC